CUGGGAGCCAAUCCUCCUUGGAAGAGUUGGAGAUUUUUCAGAUUAUGCAUUGAGAUGGAUCCAAGAUUGAUCGAACAGGCAGUUGCCUACCAUGGGGGUGUAUUAUUAGAUAAGCUAAUAAAGGAACAGUAUGAGAUUGAAAAUCUUCCUCAUCUAAUGGCAUAUGGUCAUGGCAAAGCAGAUCAAGUUAUAAGGAGUGAGAAUCUAAAAGAUAAAGUGCACAGCUUUAUUGCAAGAAAAGGGAAACAUCUCUUUCAAAGACAGGAUGGCCAUUCCCAUGAUCCUCCAGCCACAAAGAAUGAUAAACCAGAUGAAGAGAUGUAUGCAGUGAUGCCACCUAUUGAGAGCUUUAUGGGAAUUCCUGCCAGUUUUUGCAAGUCGCAUUUUUACCAGAGUGCUGAGCCUGGAGACCUUGUGAUUGGAAUAAUAACAGCAGUACAAGAUUCAGGUCUGACAGUCACUUUAAUAUGUAUGGAGGAUAACAAGUUUAGAGACAUGGACCAUCUACGCAUCAGUGCAUUUUGUCCAAUACGAGAAGUGCCGAAACUCUACGCUCAGAAGGACCCCUUGGAUGGUUUUUCAAUCAGAGACAAAGUUAAAGGAAUAAUAACCUAUGUUGAAGCUGAAGAUGAGAAGAUCUAUAUCUCAUUACUGGAGAGAUCCCUUCCCAAAGAUAAGCAACAUGUCAAAGUAGGACUAAUAAGUGAUGAAGACAUCCCAGUACAUUAUAGACGAGCACUUUCCGCAAGUGGCAAGGAGUACAGUGAUGUCAUGGAAAAGCUACUAGAGUUCAACAAUCCUGCAAAUAUCAAGUUCCUCUGCAAUAAAUUCAAGAUGGCUGAUAUGUCUUCCCCCACUCUCAUGUCUGGGCUCGCAAAUCUUGUGAUUCCUGAUACAGAAUAUGCUGAGAGUCUGAGGAAGGAGCAGUCGUACAAGUGCUCCAUGAAAAGUGUGAUUGAGGGAGUGAAAUACUUCAAAGAGGGAAAGUAUAUUGAGGCGGUUCAGCAUAUUAACAAAGCUUUGCAAAUUGAUAGCAAGAAUGUUGAAGCCUUGGUAGCAAGAGGCGCAUUAUUUGCUAAUAACGAGAGUUAUGUGAAGGCAAUUGAAGACUUCGAGGCAGCUUUAGAGAUCAACGGCAAACACAGAAAUGCGCUCAAAUAUGUCAUUGAGACAUCUAUGGUAUAUGCAAAAAGUUUACACGAGCAAGGCAGGGUCGAUGAUGCUGUCAGAUAUUACAACAAGGUGCUUCGAUAUGACCCCGGAUCUAAAGAGGCCAUAAUUCUACGAGAUCGAGUCAAGAAUCGACAUUUUGAAAUGCAAGGGACAACUAUGGAGGAAUGGGAGGAGGAAGAUUUCCCAGAAUCCUCUAAACAAUCCCAGGAUUCACGGUACAGGGAAAUUUCCCCUGAUGAGCAUUAUGAGAAACGUCGCCAUGGUGAUGAUGAUGACUUUCAUAAUUUUGAUCGUCGGAAAUCUGGCGAAACUCAAAAAGAGGCAAAAGAGAAAGUGAUUGAUGAUUUUGAUCAGUAUGAAGCAGAUAUUGAAGCUUUUCAUAAUAGUGACGCACCAACUUCUGAUAAUCAUGAACCACCAGAUAAGAGAUCUCACUCCAGAGAUAAAUCAAAAACAUUUCGGAGAAGUCGUUCAAGGAGUUUGUCCCGAGGAAGAAGUCGUUCAAGAUCCCGAAGUCGUGACAGGCGAUAUUCAAGAGAUGGAAAAACAUCACGAAGAGAUCGAUCAAGAAGUCGUGAUAGAACAGAAUAUCGGAAGAAUCGAGAUAGAAGUGAUGACAGACGUCGGUCUAAGAGUAGGAGGGACUUACGAAAAAGUCGUUCAAACAGUCGCGAAAGGGGAAGAAGUAAGUCACAAAGUCAAGAUAAAAGCUACUCAAAAAAUCAACGGAGGAGCAGCUCUAGUAGUCGUGAUAGAAAUCUCUCAAGAAGUGGGCGGGACUUCAAAAUUGACAGCCAUGAUACUAGAGGGAAAUAUGAAAUUCGUGAUCCAGUAGAUCCCUCUAGAAGCUUGCCGUAUGAUAGGAACACGCAAGAAUUUAUGAACACAACGCAAAUGUUUAUUGAACAGCUCUCUCGUGGGAAACCAGAGUUGGUUCAGUCAAAACACCAGCACCCAUUAGACGCUAUUAUCAAUGAAUCAUCACAAGAUAGCAAACGGAAAUCCCUCGAGCCAAAACAUAAUAUGCGCCAGACAGAGGAUGAUUCCCGAAUUUCCAGGGAUGCUAAACACGCAAAGAAGGACUCAGACUCCCAUGUGGACAGAAGAAAAAGAGAGGGCAUAGAAUCCCAUGAGGACAGAGAAAUAAAGGAGGAUAUGGACUCCCAUGUUAUACAGCUAACCCACACAUACAAGAAAGAAUCAGAAAAGCUAAAGCCAAGUAGUUUGAAAGGGCAGCUGAAAAGCUCAGAACGGGAAAGUCGUGACAGCUUUGAUAGGCUUGAGAGUCGUGAAAGACAUGUGAAAGAUCGUGAACCAACCAGAGAUGGAAGCCACGAUGAGUCACUUAAACGUGGGUCUUCAAAACGAGACAAUAAGGACAAUAUUGACCAAUCUCAAAGAGACUUAUAUGAUAAAUCUGCAAGUAAAUAUAAAAGGUCAAAGUCACCAGUUGAGGUCAAAAGGUCAAGGUCAAGUGAUAUAGCUGAACGGAAAGCAUUACUUGCUGAAAUUGAUAAAGCAUUAGAAAAGAAAAGGGCAGCUAGAAGGACAAGUUCAGCUAAAAGGUCAAGAUCACCUAAAAGGUCAUCUAGGUCACCAAGGUCAAAGAGAUCAAAGAGAUCAGUGUCUGGAGGUCAAACCUCUGAGACACAUCAACCCUCAAAGACACAUCAACCUCCCGAAAGACAUCAAGUCCAAGAAACACAUGUUAUGCCCACAGCCCCAGUUCAACAGAUUCCUGGCCUUGGUUUUUCCGCGUAUCCCCAUGCUCAGCAGGCUCACCCACAGAUGCAAGCUUACGCAUCACAAUUCUAUGAUGUUGGAUUUUUCGAUAACUACCUCCAACAAACGAAGUUCCAGAAUCCUGCAAUGGUACAGCAGCAAACCUAUGCUCCACUGAAAACUGCAGCAGCGCCAUCUAAUGAAGUUGUACCAGAGUCUAACAAAACGGAUGAAAGUAUGAGUAUUAUUUCAGAAGAGCAAUCAAAAUCAUGGAAGCAGAGAUCUCCAAGCGGUGAAACUCCAAGGAGGUCAAGGUCACAUAAAGAUCAAUCGCCAAGGAGUCAAGAUUCAGUCGAGAGAAGUGGGUCAAAAAAGAAAUCAAGGGAUCAGGAAAGGGAAUCACUUGAAAGUCAUUCAGAUGGUGGAAAUAGGAAAAGUGUGUCAAAAGAGCGCAAGAGGGCAACAAAGGAUGAGUACAAAUAUGAUGACAGAAAGAAAUAUGAAGAAAAAUCCAAUUAUAGUAAAGAUAGAAAAUCAUCAAAAUAUUCCGAUGAUGAAGAUGAAUAUGAAAAGAAAUAUGAGGAAAAAUCUAAGUACAAAAAAGAUAAAAAAUCAUCAAAAUAUUCAGACAGUGAAGGCGAUGAUUAUGAAAAGAAACAUAAAGACAAAAAGUCAUCAAAAUAUUCUGAUGAUGAUGAUUGUGACAAAAAUAAAAGUGAUGGUAAAAAGAAGCGGUAUGAUUCAAUUAGUAAAAGUGAAAAACAAAGAUCAGAAAAAUAUGAGACACCAGAUAAAUACAAGUACGAUAAAUAUUCAAAAUCAGACAAGAAGUCAAAGUACAACCGUGAUGAAGAAGACGAAGAAAAAUAUUCAAAACCAGCCAAGAAGAGAUCUAAACACUAUACCGAUGAGGAUGACAAAGAUGAAAGAUACAGUAAAAAAUAUGAAAAAUCUGCUAAGAAAACAGAAAGUAAAAAAUCAGAACGUUCAAAAUAUAGCGACUCGAGUGACGAUGAUGAUGAUGACUACAAAAAAUCUCGAAAAUAUAGUGAUAGAAAAGGCAAAGAUAAAAGCACCAAGAGAUUUGAAGAAAGCUCCCCUAAAAGAUCUUCCAAGAAAUAUACUUUCUCCUCAGAUGAAGAAUACCAACGGACUUCAAAGAAGUCGGACAAAUACAAAUUAGAUUAUGAAAAGGACAUUGAGAAGUCGACAGAGAAGAAAAAGACAAAAAAGGAUAUGUACGAUCCAUUUGAUUCUGAUGAGCCAUCGUACGACAUUUUCAGUGAUGACAAAAAAGCCAAAAAACAAGAAGACAAACGGAACAUUAUGACUCAAGAUGAACGAAGAGUCAUAGCAAAAGAUGAACGGAAAGUCAUCGCUCAAGAGAAGAAUAUUCAGGAUGAACGGAAAAUAAUCCAAGAUGAGCGAAAAAUUAUUGUCUCUGAACAAAGCAAAGAACAAAGAGUUAUCAUGAUCCCGACAUCAGUUCAGAAAAAGAAAAUCCUUCAAAACCGAUUUGGAGGGAAAAUUGUGUUAAAAUCUGAAACUCUGCAGAAGAAGGAAAGCACAGACGUACAAAAGCCAGUAGGUGUCGCCACAAGAAUCCCGCCCCAUGAUAAACGAUCUUUACGAUCUCGAUCUAAAUCUCCUGAAGUAACGAGGAGAAUAAUUAGUGGAGAUAAACAAAGAUCCAAAUCAGGUGAUCGUGGACGUCAGUCAAGAUCGAGAUCAAAAUCGAGGGAUCGGCAUAGAUCAGGGGAUCGAUCUCGUCAAUCAAGAUCAAAAUCAAGUGAUCGACGCAGAUCAUCUGAGAGGAGAAUUAUCAAAUCUAGCCCAAGGUCAUCAAGUGCAAGAUCAGACCAAAGAUCAGGAAGUCGUGAUAGGCGUUCACUUGGGGAAAAAUCGACAAAAUAUACCUUCCCAAUAGAAAAGAGAUCCCGAAAAUCAAGCGACUACGAUCCCCCUGUAAUAAAAGUUGCGAAAGUUUCCGAAAAAGAAAUUUAUGGAAAAUGGAACGAUUCUGAUUCCGAUUCGGAAUCAUCUAGAAAAAAGCGAAAAUCGCGAUUUGAUAGCACAGGGAUUCCGAAGCGUACUAUCGCUAAUGAGCCACCGAAAAGGCUUUCCCCACAAAAGGAAACAAUUCUCAAUGAAAUGGAAUCAUUUCUGAAAUCUUUGAAAGAAGUUAAAAAAGGAAAGCAGGAGAAAAAAACUAAUUGAGAGGGAAUUUCACUGAAACAUAUGAAGCGGUUAAGUUACACAUAAAUUUGAGAGACCCUGAUAUAUUAUGACCCAUCAAUUACUCACCUUUAUACAUUUAUUUUCAAUCAAAACAGUACAUGUAAGUGGCACGCAUAGAGGAAACAGUCCCCGGGAAAACUUGUAUGUUAGUGUAAAUGUUCGUGUAAAUUUAUAUUGCAGCUAUCAUUACCUUCUUAUCAUUGUGUACAAAACCGAACUUGCUGAGAACUUUUUAAUAAUCAAAGCACGGGAGCUUGUAUAUAAAGGAUUAGACUGGUUGUUUAACGACCUUGACCUUAAUUAUUUUACAAUAUGUCAUGCUGACAU